AUGGCGCCACGAACGUCCCGAUCAAUCGCGUCCGCGGCUCCCGACGCCCAGGCUCACGAGCCCACCGAUGAUAAUAUGAGCCUUGACGUGCCAGAACAACUCUUGACGCCGGAGAACAGCCGCUCAGAGACCUCCAGCAACAACGAGAACGCGCUGGCCGACGAAAAACCCGCAGGGCGGCGAAGAUCAACGCGGGUUGCACGCGCAUCGUUGCGGCCAGGUGAGCCACUAGUCGACAAACCUGAGAACGAGAAAGCCGCGGCCUCAUCAAGCGAGGCCUACGUCGAUAGCCUUGCGAAAGCAAAACGAUCGCACUCAUCGCUACGCCACAGUAUUGCUGUGAUGGAAUCUUCCUUGUGGAGCGGUACUCCAGUCGACGAUGAUACUGUAGCCGACAACACUGUGGCCCCGGAUACACCGGUCUCAAAGUCUUCUCAGGAUUCACAGCCCGAGGAUAUGAAUACAAAUCUUCAGCAGCGGACGUUGCGCAAGCGUGUGGCUAAGGCAUUGGCCGAAGACGAAGAAACAGCCACGGCUGAGCUGGUCCCAUCCCGAACCUCUCCUCGCAAAUCUGCACGACGCUCAGGUCGCUUCAGUCUGAUGGAGAAGGCUUCAGGUUUAGUCGACCGGGCAAGCAGUAUAUUGGGAAAGCGCACAAGAGGCCUGGGAGACAAGGAUCUUGGCCGGCGUGCUAGUCUUCGACCUCGCAACAUUGCCACUUCGAAUGACAAGACGGCUCUCUCGACAGCUAAUGAGCCUACAUUAAAGAAGCGUCGAGUAUCCGAGAGCGACUUGUCCAAGCUCCAACAUGAGGACACUUCUGAGCCAGAGGAAUUGGACGUACCCGCUUCCCCGCGACCUAAGCGCAAAAUAUGGUUGUCACAUGGCCUUUAUACAGGACAGGAACCUUCGGACUCACCUCCUAAGCAGCGUCGGAGUAAAAAUUCGAAGAAAACUGGAACCGGUCCCAUGCACCGCACCAUCCUUCCCAUGCCAAUGUUCAAGGGUGCUCGCCUUUUAAAGACUGGACGGGAUUACCAGCUGCCAUUUGAUAUAUUCUCGCCACUUCCACCUGGCCAGCCUAAGCCCAACGAGUGGCGCAAGACUAACAAAAACAGUCCAGAUGUUUUUGUUGGUGAUGCAGGAAGUUUUUGGAAAGCGAACAAAAAGCUCGAGCUGUCUACUUGCAUGUGUACUGAAGACACUGGCUGUGAUGAUAACUGCCAGAACCGUUAUAUGUUCUACGAGUGUGACAACGGUAACUGCAGGCUGGGUCCCGAGUGUGGUAACCGAAAUUUCGAGGGCCUUAAGCACCGAACCAAGGCCGGGGGCAAGUAUAACAUUGGAGUCGAAGUCAUCAAGACAGCAGAUCGCGGGUAUGGCGUCCGCAGCAAUCGUUCCUUCGAGCCCAACCAGAUAAUUGUGGAGUACACGGGUGAGAUUCUCACUCAGCUUGAGUGCGAGAGGAGGAUGAGAACAGUAUACAAAAACAACGACUGUUACUAUCUUAUGUAUUUUGAUCAAAACAUGAUCAUUGAUGCUACUCGCGGGUCUAUUGCUCGCUUUGUCAACCAUGCCUGCGAGCCAAAUUGCCGUAUGGAGAAAUGGACAGUUGCUGGCAAGCCACGCAUGGCACUCUUCGCUGGCGAUCGAGGAGUCUCCACAGGAGAGGAGUUGAGCUAUGACUACAAUUUCGAUCCUUACUCUAACAAGAAUGUUCAGCAAUGCCGCUGUGGAUCAGCCAACUGCCGAGGCUUCCUUGGUCCACGGUUGAAGGAAAAGCAGCAGCGUGCCAAAGAACUCGAGAAACGAAAGUCUGAGGGAAGCCCAAAGAAGGCGACUCCAAAAAAGGUCAUUGGCAAAAAGCGAAAGGUCUCAGAAGAACCUGAUAGCGACGAUUCUCGUCAAGGCAAAAAGCGCAAGAUGACCAAGUCAAAGGCCAUUAAGGCCACCAUGAAAAGGGCCAUGACUACUGUUCGUGGGAAGAAGACAAAGAAGACAACAGCAAAGAGCAAGUCUACAACUGCUGUCAAGUCGAAGACCAACGUCAAACUACCCACCAUCAAAGCCACAGGCCGGAUCAAGGCCAAUGUUCGUGCUCCCCGGUCAAACAAAGCAGCCAGGGGUACCCCAACUUCUCCCAAGAAGACAACAUCCCAGCUCAAGCGCCCUUCUGCUGAGACUAAGAAACAAAUUCUUGCUGCUGCUUCCAAAGGCUCCGGAGCUUCUCCCCGCAAGCCUGCGAGAAAGGUCCCCUCCAAGAGCCCCGUCAAGGCGAAGAAGCCCGUUCCCAAGGCCAAAAGCACCAAAGGAGCCUUUGCCAAGGGUGUCAAAAGUGCAGCUCGGCGUGUUAUAAAAUCCGUUCAGGGAGCAAAGAAAUGA